AUGGACACAGAAACGAGAAGCAUAAACCAAGAUGCGCAUGAUGCAAUCAAGACAGAUCUUGAAGACCAUUUUGGUCUGAGAAGACUCGCGCAAAUGAUUGAAUACCGAACGAAACAACCUAAUGUCUAG